AUGGAAAUUGUGGAAAGAUCUAAAAGGGAAGGAAACGGUCUUGGGUGGAACGUUGCUAAGAAUACCGUUGAUGCAUCUGAUGAAUGGUGGCAAGAUAAAAUUCAGGCAGAACCCAAAUAUGCAAGAUUCCAAUUUGAGGGUAUUAGUCCUGAGAUGGAGGAGAAGUUAGAUAGGAUGUUUUUGAACGUCACUGCCACUGGUAAGCAUUCUUGGGCACCUUCAUCUGGUGUACUUCCAGUUGAAAGUGAUGAUGAUAUCAAUCCAUUUGAAGUUAACGGUGAUCGAAUGAGUCUGUGCCAAUUGAAAGCACUCAAACUACAACAACAUGUGCCAAAAGAGAACUAA